GGGCGGGCGCUCGGGCGGCGCGACUGGGCGCGCGAGGUGCGCGCGGAUCUCCAACGCGCCGAAACGCGUCGGGCGUCGAUGAGUCCGACGGAGAUUCGGGCUUUGGAAUCUUCGCACGCGGCGCAGCGACGCGCCUUACUGGGGGGGGUGCGCGCGCUGGCGUACGGCACCGUGCUCUGUCUCGUCGGCGUCGUCGGAGGCGGCGCCGUCGCGGGCACGAUGCUCGACAUUUCCACGCGCGGCGAUUUCGAGCGCGCGUUCAAGGCGACGUUCGAGCCGUACGUCGAUAGAGCGCGCGCGGCGGCCGUGCCGUACAAGGCUUGGGUAUCGAGCGACGUCUGCGCGACGGACGGCGUCGCGACGCGGGCGCGCGCGCUGCAAAACUCCGCCGCGGUGCGACGGCUUCGGAAGAAAUUAGGAAGGCGAGGCGGCGACGAUUCGGGACCGUGGUGA